AGUUUCACCUGAGAGCAAAACAGGCAAGCAGCAGUGAAACAGUGAAACAGUGACAGGCCUCAAAGGAAUCACAUUUAAAUUGGACCUGAUCUCUUUAAGGGAAUGGAUCCUACAGGCUGGAGAGCGUGGCUGGAGCUGGCUGUGCUGUUUCUAAUAGCCGUUCACCCGAGGACAGAGGCGAUGCAGAUUACAUCAUCGGGGCCGCAGACUGUUCAGAAAGCAGAAGGGGAGACGGUCAGCCUGGGGUGCACCUACACCCCGGCAGCGGGGGACACAGGAGACCUGGACAUAGAGUGGUCCAACGUCAGCCCUGACAUGACACAGAAAGACCACCUGAUCUUAUCAUACACAGUCACUGAAACGCACAUCCAUGACCCAGACCUUACCAAAAGGUUGAAGUUUUCCACAGACCCAAAGCAGGGGGAUGCUUCCAUCACCAUCUCAGCUCUGACAGCUUCAGACACGGGAACCUACCAGUGUAAAGUCAAAAAGGCACCGGGCGUGGACAUGAGAAAAGUCACACUGGUUGUUCAAGUUCCCCCCUCCGUGCCAAAGUGUUGGGUUGAAGGCGGAGAGGAGAAAGGAUCUACGGUGUCCCUCCGCUGUAAAUCCUCCAAGGGAACCAUCCCUCUCAGUUAUGUGUGGAAAAGAGAGAGCGGGGGCGCCAUGCCAACCACCGCCACCCAAGAUCCGGAGACCGGAGAGCUCCUCAUAAAGAACCACACAGACAGUAACACCGGGACGUAUGUGUGCGAGGUGAAAAAUGCAGUGGGCCAGGCGCAGUGCAAAUACAAACUAAAUGCAUACAACCCUACCAAUAAAGUGGGCGUCAUAGUCGGAGCGGUGAUAGGCGCCCUGCUGCUCCUCCUCCUCCUCCUGCUUCUCAUCUGGCUCCUCAUCUGCUGCUGCCAAAAGAAGCGCUACCAGAAGGAGGCAGCAAAUGAAAUCAGGGAGGAUGCCCCUGCUCCCGAGAGCAGACCCACCAGCAGGCACUCCAGUUUCCAGUCAGUAAUGGGAUACCGUACCCACCACGGGGUGCAGUACAGUUCAGUGAGGGGUAACCUGUCCGGGAUCCACGAAUCGGGCCCCAUCUUCACCGCUGGCAGCAAUGCACCGAGCACGGCGGGAGGCAGAACUUCUCUAAAAUACGACCAUCAGUACGGAUACGCCGUCUAACUGCAGGAUGGAUUAUUCUUUGACCAACUGUAUAAAAUGUAAAAUAUGAAAAUGCACUGUUAGGGAAAUGCUCUUUAAAACAUGGGAAGGACUGGUUCUCAUCAUUUAAGCACAAAUUUAGCUGAAUUUUUAUGUAAAAUGUAUAAUAUCAAAGGUUUAUAUAAUUCUUUGAGGUGUUUUUUUUUUUUUACCCUUGACAUGAGAGUAAUGUUUGUUUU